CUCUCCAACCCUAAUUUUUCACUCUCUCACUCAAAAACCCUAGUGCCUUCGUUUUUCCGUAUCCCCCCUCCCCCCUUCCCCUCUUCCGCAAACCGCAAGCUGGUGAAAUGGCUGCCGCCCCCGCCGCCGCCCGUCCUCUCGUUACCGUCCAAGGCCUAGAGAACGACAUGGCCACUGACGGAGGCGCCGCCGCCAACUCCGUGCCUCUUCCAGAUGUGAUGAAGGCGGCCAUCCGCCCUGACAUCGUUACAUUUGUACACGGCCAAAUUUCAAAUAACGCCCGUCAGCCCUAUGCCGUCUCUAAGCGCGCCGGCCACCAGACCUCGGCCGAGUCCUGGGGUACUGGCCGUGCUGUUUCCCGUAUCCCUCGUGUUCCCGGUGGCGGUACCCACCGCGCGGGGCAGGGAGCCUUUGGAAACAUGUGCCGCGGUGGAAGGAUGUUUGCGCCUACUAAGAUCUGGCGCCGCUGGCACAGGGCAGUCAAUGUGACUCAGAAGCGCCAUGCCGUCGUUUCGGCGAUCGCCGCAUCUGCCGUUCCUUCGCUGGUGCUUGCACGUGGACAUAAGAUUGAGGAAGUUCCUGAAUUGCCUCUUGUUGUGUCCGACACUGCGGAGGCUGUUGAAAAAACUAAUGCUGCUCUCAAAAUCCUCAAGCAAAUUGGGGCUUUCACCGAUGUUGAGAAGGCAAAGGACAGCCAUGCCAUCCGCGCUGGAAAAGGAAAAAUGCGUAACCGCCGAUACAUUUCGAGGAAAGGGCCACUCAUUGUUUAUGGAACUGAGGGAGCGAAACUGGUUAAGGCUUUCCGCAACAUCCCUGGUGUAGAAGUUGCUCAUGUUUCACGCCUUAAUCUCCUAAAGCUGGCUCCUGGAGGCCAUCUUGGGAGGUUUAUUAUCUGGACCAAAUCUGCUUUUGAGAAAUUGGAUGAGGUUUAUGGCACCUUUGACAAGCCCUCUGAGAAGAAAAAGGGGUAUGUAUUGCCCAGGACUAAGAUGGUGAACGCUGACCUAGCCAGAAUUAUCAACUCUGAUGAGGUGCAGUCUGUUGUGAAUCCAAUCAAGAAGGAGAUCAAGAGAGCUCCAUUGAAGAAGAACCCAUUGAAGAAUCUCAAUGUGAUGUUGAAGCUCAACCCGUAUGCAAAGGCUGCCAAGCGGAUGGCACUCUUAGCCGAGGCCCAGAGAGUGAAGGCUAAGCAGGAGAAACUUGAUAAAAAGAGGAAGCAGAUUACUAAGGAGGAGGCAUCAGCAAUCAAAUCGGCCAGCAAGACCUGGUACAAGACGAUGAUCUCAGAUAGUGACUACACAGAGUUUGAGAACUUCUCAAAGUGGUUGGGUGUCUCUCAGUGAUUGAAUCUUUAUUUUGAUGCGUCUUCUAGAACCUACAUGUUUAGUUUGUUUUAAUUACCGUUUUUGGGUUUGGAGAUUUAAAAGACAUUGUUGAGACAUCAUAUGGGAUAUGGGAAUUUGUUGCGACAACCUCCUUUACUUUCCAUUUUUCCCCUUAUGAUUUAUUUUGUUUUAAGGAAUUUUUGUUGAGACAAUUCAAAAGAUUUUGAUUGGU